GUCCCAUCCUCAAAGCUCAGACUUAGGAAGUCAAUGGAGAACGGGGAGAUAUUGAUGAUGGACCUUGAUCGAGACGAUGAAAAUGAGGAUGAAGAACAUGGUGGUGCUAUCUUGAGAGAGCGGGAGCACCCAUUCAUUGUAAUAGAGCCUGGUGAAGUGGCACAUGGCAAAAAGAACGAUCUUGAUUAUCUCUUCUAG